AUCAGCACCACAGUGUCCAAUAAGCACCAACCAUGACUUCAGCUCAUUAGAAUAUUUAGCACAGCCUCUUCCAAUAUAAAAACCUCUCCCCUUUGAUAAGAGAGCUGCAGAGGUUUUAAUUGACUGGCAAAUUAAAGACGAAGCACUAUGACAAAGAUCUGCAGAAGAGGAUUCCUGUCUUCUUUCAUCCUCGUCUCGUACAUCGCCGUGACAACUUCGAUGAUGCUCGACUUGACUGAACUGAGAAAUAAAAUUUCCAAACUCAAGGUGAACCCCAGAGGGAACCUUUGGGCAACAGGACAUUUUAUGGGGAAGAAAAGUGUUGGGGAAAGCUCCUUGAUGGAGUCUGCCUUUGAACAAAGAGAUAUGCCCUCUGACGGUGGUAAGAAUAUUGUUCAGGGAGAGGAAAGCCUGCAGGAAAUACUCAUCCAGAUGUUGAAAAGAGCCAAGCAUACAGAGGAGAAGACAAUAAACAGAGAAGGGGGAGAUCCUGUUUAAGGAGCACCAUACUUAUCAUCAUCCUGCUGAUGACGUUUUAUUUAAAAAAAACGACUACAAAUUUGUAACAUAAAUAAUUUUUUCUUCAGAUAUGGUUUAACAUGAGUGAUACCCUCUCAGCACUCUUACUUUUUGUCAUUUAUCAUAUAUGCUCUUGAUUUAUUAAUAAAAAAUUUGCAAAGAAGCUGUAAUGAAGCGUUUUGUUUCAUUUAGGUGUCUUUGGCGCCACCUGGUGGUCGCUCUACAU